AUGAAGUCACCAAAAAUAAAUUUUGAUCCCCCCUUUUUACUGCUGAUGCCAGUUCCUCUGGAUGUGAAAACUGAAGCCACCAUCAAUAUCAUUCCACAGGACUAUUUAAGGCAAUCACGAAUUCAAGUUGAAUUUCCAGACCUUGAACUUGAAGAUGGUGACAGGAUUUACCCUUUUACUGUACAGUUCCCAGAAGGACAAGAUAUUGUUCUUUCAUCAGAUGGCACAAAUAAGGAACUAAUUUGUCAUAUUGGCUUCAGAUCAUCUAGGCCACUGUCACUUUUAGUGACUGUGGUAUUCAUUGAUGAAGAAGAAAACAGGUUCUCAAUUCAAGUUGCUGCAACAGCAGAGAAUUGCCUACUUACUUUAUACCCAUAUUUGGCAUUUCACAGCUCUGAUCAACAAAUUAUCUUGAGAAGCAAGUCAGACACUACUUUUGAAAGUGAGAGUGACGAAAAGAUGAGUGAAGAGAGUGAAGCUGACAGUCAAAGGGAUGGGAGAGAAAAUAAGUUUGAAUUAUUAUUUUUUCCUGAUGAAGACAAAGAGGAGUACAUCUUCUUUCAGAAAACCCUGACUGCUGUUAAGAAUUGGUUCACUCUCUUUGGUUGGCCUAAAGGACAAAAUCCUGUUUCGAUCCCACAUUCACUAAGACGUGAUGUGUGUAAAGUCCACAUGACCUCCGCACAAGACAAGGUUUUUAAACAAAACGUUGGCAAAGAUCCUGAGACUGUUUAUGACAUGUUAUUCCAUCUGAGUGGACAGUUGUUACCAGGCAUUACUUGGAGCCAGCCAUUGCCCCUUGAUCCAGUUGAACGAAUGUUACAGCUCCACUGGCAGCGUUCUACAUUGCUUGCUUUCCUCAAAAGCCAAGGGGCAUAUCUUCCUCAUGUUAUGCCAGAAUUUCUGCUUGAACUUGAUGAUUAUAAGAAAUGGAUUAAAGUGCAAACUUUACAGAAGGGUCACAAGGCUGGGCUGACAAAAGGAGCUGUGAAAAACUCAGACCUACUUAGUGACAAACACCUAUUCAUUCUAGAGGACAGCGUAUUUGAGACAAUGAGCAAACGAGCUUGGACAGAUGUGUUACUGCAGGUAUACAAGGUAUUUGUUCUUCCACGUGUUUCUUCAUGUGAUAUCACUGAUCUGUUCAGCUUGGAAAGCAUGCAAAGCAUGCCAAGAAUAAAGUCAGAACCACUAUCCAGUAAUAUAUAUUCUCCAUAUGAACGAGCCAUCCUCACCUGGUUGAAUAAACAUUAUGAGAAGAAUCGAAAAACCGUGUGGAAAGAUUGUCAAAAAG